AUGGGACUUAUCGUGCAAGGUGGAUACGCACGAGGAGCACCCCCACUAAUAAAACGCUCCAAUGAUGCUCAAUCUUCCAGCAAAAAUACAGCCGAGACCGCUUUGAAUAAAAAAUCCAGUCCCGAGGUAGUACCAGCAUCCUAUACCGCUCCACCCCGGCCAAAAUCCAAUUUCAUAGUCCAACAACAACAGCAGCUGCAGGAACAACAAAACUCGCAAGAUAAUAACGCCAUGGAGAAGAGCAAUGACUUAAUCAGUUCCGCCAUUGCAGCUGGUCUAACUGCCGCCGCAGUUGAAGCUGCCGCCGUUGCUGCCAAUCAGCGGGAAUUGGAACAGCUAAGAAAACAAAAUCCCCAACAGCAAUACUAUCCCAGCGAUGAGGAUGACAGCGAAACUGCAGCUGCCAUCAAUAAGCGUGGUAUUAGCAAUCAACAACAGUAUGGCUAUACAAAUCUCUCACCACCAGAAAAUACCUAUCCCGACAAUUCCGGUUUUAUACCACCACCACCCAGUGGCCGUUAUGCAUAUCCCUAUGGUACCUAUGAGACAAUGCCACCCAAGGAACCACAGACACCACCCGGUGUAUGGGGUGAUGAACUGAUCGACACCCCUCCCAAUGUUGUCUACACCGAUAUGGAUGAAUACGGUGGCAUGCCCAUGUCUAGAGUUCCCUCGUCAUAUCAUGAUAAAGCUUACGAUAAUCUGGCCACUCUUUUAAAUUCGGAGAAUUAUAUGGACUCGUUGCCAUUGCCGUAUACAGGAAGACGUUACUACAAUUCAGUGGGAGGUGAUAACGAUCGCAAUAAGCGGGCAUAUAAGGUUUUCAAUCAAUUGGCUAAUAAGUUUCCUGAUAUGAGAUUGAAACGCGACACCAAAUUGACUCCUGCUGACAUGCUGGCCUUGGUUGCCCUCGUUGAGGCUGGUGAACGUGCCCGCAAGGAUACCGAUGCUGAUGCUGGCUAUGCCUAUCCUCCCGAAAGUUAUGUACCCAAAUCAUAUGGUUUGAAUGCCAACACCAAUAGCAACAAUAAUUACAAUCUUGGAGCUUAUGAUUAUCCUGCAUUGGGUCAAGUUGAUGAUAGUCUAGACUAUAAUAAUGGCCCCUGGCCCAUGGAACCCCAAUCAAUGGUUGAUUAUUAUGGUGUCCCUAUGAAUAUGGAACCUGUGAGCAAAUAUAAUACACCUCGUAUGCCGCUUAAGGAGAAUAAAUUCAAUGAUCGUAUUUUCAAUAACAAACAUUACAUGGUGGCUAAAAAGAAGCGUUCCAUAGCCAAGCCCAUAAUACCCUACAAACAGGAUAAGCUAUAUUAA